CGAGCGCUUCCUCUUCCUCGGCCCAGCUCACGUUGUCCUGUCGCUGACAGCAGUCACACACCUCAAACCGUAGGAAGUAGCCGCUUGACCCUCAAAUCAAACAUUCACUUUCCCCCUCCAAUAAAAACUACAACUGAGAAACAAUGGCGAGUUACCACAAACCCGACGAGAAAACUCUGCAGGGCCUGAAAGACAUUGGGAACAAGCUCAGGAUUCACUCCAUCAACGCUACAUGCGCCUCCAACUCUGGCCACCCAACAUCAUGCUGCAGUGCAGCUGAGCUCAUGUCUGUGCUCUUCUUUCACACCAUGCGCUACAAAGCCGAUGAUCCUCGCAAUCAGUGCAAUGACCGCUUUGUGCUCUCAAAGGGCCAUGCUGCACCUAUCCUUUAUGCUGCCUGGGUAGAGGCAGGAUUUGUGAAGGAAUCUGAUCUUCUCAAUCUGCGCAAGUUUGACUGUGACCUAGAGGGACAUCCCACACCAAAACUGCAAUUUGUUGAUGUGGCAACCGGCUCUCUGGGUCAGGGUCUGGGCGCUGCCUGUGGGAUGGCCUACACUGGCAAAAACUUUGACAAAUCCAGUUACCGUGUGUACUGCAUGCUGGGAGAUGGAGAGUGUUCCGAGGGCUCAGUGUGGGAGGCCAUGGCCUUUGCCUCUCACUAUAAGCUGGACAACCUGGUGGCCAUAAUGGAUGUCAAUCGGCUUGGUCAGAGUGAGGCGGCACCGCUGAAGCAUGACAUGGAGACCUACCGCAAACGUUGUGAAGCUUUUGGGUGGAACACAUAUGUUGUGGAUGGACAUGAUGUGGAGGAGCUGUGCAAAGCUUUCUGGCAGGCUGAGCAGGUCAAAGGCAAACCCACCUGCAUUGUUGCCAAGACGUUCAAGGGCAAAGGACUCAAAAAUAUUGAGGAUCUUGACAACUGGCAUGGAAAGCCCAUCCCUAAGGACAAAGUAGACGGCCUCCUGAAUGAGCUGAGGGCUCAGAUCCAGGUCCCCAACAAGAGUCUUUGCCCUCAACUGCCCAAUGAUGACACAGCAGCUGUAGACCAGAGCUUUAUCUCCCUGCCCUCACCUCCAGCCUAUAAGAAAGGAGACAAGAUGGCAACAAGACGAGCAUAUGGUGUCGCCUUGGCCAAGAUGGGCCAGGCAAGCCAGAGAGUGGUGGCUCUUGAUGGAGACACCAAAAACUCCACUUUCUCAGAGACCUUUAAGAAGGCCUUCCCUGACCGCUACAUCGAGUGUUUCAUCGCUGAACAGAACAUGGUGGGAGUGGCCAUUGGCUGUGCCACACGUGACCGCACCGUUGCGUUUGCCAGCACCUUUGCUGCCUUCCUGUCCAGAGCCUACGACCAGAUCCGUAUGGGAGCCAUCUCUCAGUCCAAUGUCAACCUGGUCGGAUCCCACUGUGGAGUCUCCAUUGGUGAGGACGGACCUUCCCAGAUGGCUCUUGAGGACCUAGCCAUGUUCCGUGCCAUCCCAACAUGCACUCUGUUUUACCCCAGUGAUGCAGUGUCCACAGAGAGAGCUGUCGAGCUUGCAGCCAACACAAAGGGUAUCUGUUUCAUCCGUACCAGUAGACCAGAUACUCAAGUCCUCUACUCUCCAGAUGAGAAGUUUGAAGUGGGUGUAGCCAAGGUGGUCCGUCAGUCUGACAAAGAUCAUGUGACUGUGAUUGGGGCAGGUGUCACUCUGCAUGAGGCCCUUGCCGCUGCUGAUAUGCUGGCCAGUGAAGGAAAGAACAUCAGAGUAAUUGACCCAUUCACCAUCAAGCCCCUGGAUGCUGCUACCAUUCUUACCAGUGCCAGAGCCACAGGAGGACAAAUCAUCACAGUAGAGGACCACUACAAGGAGGGUGGUCUUGGUGAAGCAGUGCUGUCAGCAGUGGGCUCAGAGCCUGGCAUCAUUGUGAACCGUUUGGCGGUGUCUGGUGUUCCCCGCAGCGGAAAGCCCAACGAGCUGCUCGACCACUUCGGUAUCAGCGCCAAGCACAUCGCUAACGCCGUGCGUCAAACUUUCGCAAACUGAAGGACUGCUCCCGGUCUCCCUCAUUGCUUUGGUGGAUCUCAUCAACUCUUUGCCUAACUUUCUCACUGGCAUGAUCUUGUGAAUACCAUCAAUUUCUGUGCACUCUGGUGUCAUUAUGUGGUCUGUUAACCAAGAGAGAUGGCGAUAGAGACGUGUGGUCACCGCAGUGUUCUAAACAUUCCUCCCUGUAUACGCCCUCCAGCACCUUCUUUUCACAUGGAUUCUGCAUCAUUCCUUUUUCCGUAUCUUGUUUUGAAGUAUCUCAAACAGAAGUAUCACUGAAUACUGUAAAUCUCUCUUACCAGCACAUUCUGUCAGGCCAACACUGAGUUCUUUCUUUUACACAUUCCUGAUGGUCAUGCCUUCUUUCCUCUAUUCUUAACCCUACUUCUAAGAAGCUCUGUUACGGUUUAGUGUUCUAAUGUACGAGAUGACUUAUAUUUGUGUUCAGGUGCAGUUGUUAAUGCUUAAGCUGAGAUAGAAAACUGUUGAGUGAAACGUUUCAAACCAGUUGGAGUUGUUACUGGUCUGUCUAAUCUGUCACCCUGUUGUUGAGAUGGUGCUGAAUUAAAAAAAGAAUGAACAUAA